UCUGUGUGUCUCAGAUUUUCACCCGCAAUUUAAGUAUCUGUUGCAUUUUUGGAAGGCUCUUGCAUUUUUUCAGAGGGAGGGAGCCUCUCAAAAACAAAAACAAAACAAAACCAAACCAAAAGCAAACCAGCACCACCCAAUUUCUGUUCAAUUUUGUUCCACUCUAUUCUCUCACACCCUUAAUCUGUUUUUGAGGUUUCCAUUAUUUGUUAUCCAAUCCCACCCACCUCUUUUUUCUGUUAGACCCUCUUCUCCCUAGCUCCGUUUCUCUCUGUUCCAAACUACUGGUUCCUCCCCAAUUUGACAAAAUCCCAUUACACUAUUGUUUCUGGGGUUUUUGUUCUUUCACUAUCAUUGUUUUUGGGUAUUGGGGUUCAAUAGAAAACUAGUUUUUUCUAGCUUCCUAAAGAGCUUCAAGAGAGUAGUUGAAGAUAAAGAUGGAGCAUGGAGGUAAUAGGCUACCUUGGUUGGAUGUAAAGGAGAAGUUGCUUCUUCCCUAAUCAAUCUUCUUCUUUGUACCAUCCUAAUCAUCCUCUUAUUAAGGCAAAAGGUACAUCACCAUCAUCUCUUCCCCAACCUUUAUUUCUGGUGUUUGCUUCCCUCAUUCUUCAAGGAGCUGUUGCAUUUGGGCAAUUUGGACUUCCUAGUUCCCACCAUGGCGAAGAUUUUCAAAUACAUCUCUCAAAUAUUUGUUGUGAAGGAGCGUGAAAUGGAAAUUGGGUUCCCGACAGAUGUGAAACAUGUAGCUCACAUUGGGUGGGAUGGUCCGUCUGAUAGUGCACCCAGCUGGAUGAAUGAGUUCAAAAAUGGACCCGAUUUCUCAACACUGGGUCGCAAUAACACCAGUGAUCGAAGGGACUCCUCCAGCAGCACGGCUCCUUCUCCUUGGGCCUCCCACGAUUUUGAGCAAUCCAUGGGACGCCAGCCAUCAACCAACUUGAUAGACCUUCCUCCUAAUGACCUUGCAAAUGUUCCCAAGAAGCCAAAGCGGAAAAAGGUCAAAUCUUCGUCUUCCUCUUCCUCAUCAUCGAGAUCAUCACGACCAAUGAAGGCGUCAAAGGCUACAUAUACGCAAAUGGAACCUACACCAAACCUGCUAAUAUAGAAACACUUCAAGAUUGUCAAGUUGAUCAAAGUUCAGAAUGUGCAUAGUAAGACUCUGGAUGACCUGCCCAUAUUUCCGUUACUCUGCAGUGUCCACAAGGGCAAAAGGAUGAAGAUCCAAAAAUUGGGACAUAGCUUAGAAAAGCAAUAGGUUUUGGGAGAAAUUCAUAAUGUGAAUUAAAAGAGUGGAAGACGAUUGUCCAAAGGCUGACACCAGUCUAGAAAGACACCAAAUUUUUUGCUUUCUCAUUAAUGUAAUAAGCAUGCGGAGAGGUGAAUGAUUUAGUUGUGCUGGUAUGGCUUUGCUAAUUCAGAUUGUCAAACGAGAAAUACAAGUAUUCAUUUUUACUACUAA